AUGGCGGCGUGGCUCGGCCGGGUGUCUCUGGGCGACGCCUGGUACAACAUGUACUCCCGGCUGCUGAGGACCAAACCGAUGGGCUCCAUGGCUCACAGCUCCGACGACCUCACCGAGCUGGCCGAGGGGUCGGCGGUCGGGCUGGCCAGGGUCCUGACCACCGUGGACCUGGUGUCGCUCGGGGUGGGCAGCUGCGUCGGCACGGGGAUGUACGUGGUCGCCGGGCUGGUUGCCAAGGCGAUGGCCGGGCCAGGGGUCAUCCUGUCCUUCAUCAUUGCAGCGGUGGCGUCGAUACUGUCAGGUGUGUGCUAUGCAGAGUUCGGUGUCCGGGUCCCUAAAACCACCGGCUCGGCCUACACUUACAGCUACGUGACGGUCGGGGAGUUUGUGGCGUUUUUCAUCGGCUGGAACCUGAUCCUGGAGUACCUGAUUGGCACGGCGGCGGGGGCGUCGGCUCUCAGCAGCAUGUUCGACUCUCUGGCCAAUCACAGCAUCAGUAACUACAUGAUAACACACCUGGGCACGCUCAGAGGACUCGGUAAGGGUGAGGACACGUAUCCUGACCUGCUGGCCCUCUUCAUCGCCCUGCUGGUCACAGCAAUCAUUGCCCUCGGUGUGCGUAAGUCGGUCGGCUUCAACAACGUCCUGAACGCAGUGAACCUCGUGGUCUGGGUCUUCAUGAUCAUCGCCGGACUCUUCUUCCUCUCUGCCAGCAACUGGCAGGGUGGCAACUUCCUGCCAUACGGCUGGUCAGGGGUGAUGCAAGGUGCGGCGACCUGUUUCUACGCCUUUAUCGGCUUCGACAUCAUCGCAACGACGGGAGAGGAGGCAAAAAACCCCAACACCUCCAUCCCCUACGCCAUCACCGCCUCGCUGGUCACCUGCCUCACCGCCUACGUGUCGGUGAGUGUGAUCCUGACCCUCAUGGUUCCUUACAACCUGAUCGACGGCUCGGCUCCUCUGAUGGAGAUGUUUGCCGUGCAUGGCUUCAUGUUGGGGAAGUACAUCGUGGCUGUUGGCUCCAUAGCCGGACUCACCGUCUCGUUGCUGGGCUCCCUGUUCCCGAUGCCCAGAGUCAUCUACGCCAUGUCCAGGGACGGACUGCUGUUCAGGUUCCUGUCACACGUGUCUACGCUGACACACACUCCGGCGGUGGCCUGCGUGGUGUCGGGGACCCUGGCGGCCAUCCUCGCCCUGCUGGUGAGCCUCAGGGACCUGAUCGAGAUGAUGUCCAUCGGCACCCUGCUGGCGUACACUCUGGUCAGCGUCUGUGUGCUCCUGCUGCGCUACCAGCCCGACGAACACAUCGACACGCACCAGUAUAACUCGGAGGUGGACGUGGAUGGCCUGAAGGAGCAGGACGGCGAAAGCGUCCCCACCAAAGACGACCAGAUCCUGAUCGGAGGCUCUGACAAUGACGGGUCGUCGUCUUACCACGCCGGCGGCGCUGACGGGGAGGGAGAUGACUCAGAGUUCCACACCGGCCAUGCCUCGCUGCUGAAGAGGCUUCUGGGAGGUCAUUACUACACUCUCAGGCUGCGGCUGGGAAUGCCCGACGCCUCAGCACGGCCCACCCCCGCCAGCGGCCGAAUAGUGACCAGAAGCACCCUCCUCUUCUUCUUCACGUCCUUCUUCCUCUGGUCCACCGUCAUAUUUGGCGUGGAGCAGGGCUCAGGGGCUGGAGCGGUGUUUUCAGGCCUGAUGGCGACGCUGAUGGCGGCCUCCCUGGUGAAGCUUCUGGUUCUGAUCAUACAGCAGCCAGAGAGUCCCAGGAGGCUGCCAUACAUGGCGCCAUGCGUGCCCUUUGUCCCCGCGGCGGCCAUAUUGGUCAACAGCUACCUCAUGCUUAAACUGUCUCCACUCACCUGGGCCAGGUUCACCAUCUGGUGCCUCAUAGGUCUGCUGAUCUACGGUUGCUACGGAGUGUGGCACAGCACGCUGGAGCUCAAUGCCCGCGAGCAGCAGGCCCACGCCAGCUCCUACCAGCGCUACGACGACCACCUGGACGACACCUUCUCCCCGGACGACGACCUGUACCCCCAGGAGCAGGACGAGAGACCCUACCAGGGCUGGUCCGCCCCGGAGGAGAGGGGCCACCACUACCAGCAGCAACACCAGCAGCAGAACCAGUACGAGGACCAAGAGGCAGGGCAGCAGCAGGAGGAUAAUGGUGACCAGCACGGAUACCAGUCUGGAGGCCAGCAUGAGAGCAGGGGCAGCAGGUCCAGAGGAAGGACCAAUUACGGGUUUGACGACGAAGAGGAGGACUGA